AUGAUGAGGAGUUAUCCAGGGGGCUUUUUCACAGGAGAUGGUGAUGGUGGAGGGGGAAGCUUCUGCUUCAUUCUAGUGCUCUUGAGAGGAGGGGGAGGGGGUGGUCGCCUCCUCUUUGCUCCAUCCUUCUUCGAGCCACCUGGUGGAGUGCUUUUCUUGGGCUUGCUGCUUUUUGGCGGGGGUGGGUGCUUGGUGGCGUUGCUCUUUGGGGGUGGCGGGGGUGGGAAAGGUGGGGGGCGAGGGGGUUUAGGAGGGGGGCGAGGGGGCCUUGGGGGAGGCUUAGGCGGACUGGGUGGGGGGCGAGGAGGAGGGGAGGGCGGUGGCUUUGUUGCUUGUGGGGGUGGUGGCUGUGGGGGUGGGGAAGGGGGCUUCGGGGGUGACGGAGGGGGCUUUGGAGGGGGGGAGGGCUUUGGGGGAGGGCUGGGGGGCCGAGGAGGAGGGGAUGGAGGCUUAGGGGGGGGUGAUGGGGGGCUGGGGGGAGGGGAUGGGGGCUUUGGGGGAGGAGACGGCGGUUUAGGCGGAGGGGAAGAGGGCUGA